GGCAUUCCUGGGCAAUUCAGUGCGCGCGCCCUCAAGUCCAGCUUCAGCAGCAGCACGCGCACCUCAGGAGACAGGAUCGGGCAUCUGCAGAGCCCGACACGUUUCUAAAUAACGCCGGAAUAACGCCAUGAGAUUACAUCGUCUUUGAUGGAGGUGAUGUUUUGGUAGGAACCUCUAUCGUAAGAUGCUGUGGUGUUGUGCGAGGAUCCUGAACACCACAAUGAAGCUGCUAUUUUUGGUGGCACUCUUAUGGCGCGGGGCAUUGUGCGGAUCUCCGAGCGUCCAGAUUGGUGGUUUAUUUCCCAGGGGCGCAGAUCAGGAGUACAGUGCAUUCCGAGUUGGCAUGGUUCAGUUUGGGAUGGCAGAUUUCAGGCUAACUCCACACAUAGAUAACCUGGAGGUGGCCAACAGCUUUGCUGUUACUAACUGCUUUUGUUCCCAGUUCUCUCGGGGUGUCUAUGCCAUUUUUGGCUUCUAUGACAAGAAAUCGGUCAACACCAUCACAUCCUUUUGUGAGACACUUCAUGUCUCCUUCAUUACACCUUCUUUCCCAGCAGAAGGAAUGAAUCAGUUUGUUCUCCAAAUGAGGCCGGACAUCAAGGGGCCACUAGUUUCAUUAGUGGAAUACUACAAAUGGGAAAAGUUUGCCUAUCUGUAUGACAGUGAUCGAGGUCUUUCGACUCUUCAGGUAAUACUGGACACUGCAGCAGAGAAAAAAUGGGUCGUCACUGCAAUAAAUGUAGGAAACCUGAAAGAUGAGAGAAAGGAUGAAGCCUACCGGUCCCUGUUUCAGGACCUGGAGAUCCGUAAGGAACGACGCAUCAUACUGGACUGCGAACAAGAUAAAGUGAAAGACAUCAUGGAGCAGGUGAUCACUAUAGGCAGGCACGUGAAAGGAUAUCACUAUAUCAUCGCAAACUUGGGUUUUGUGGAUGGUGACCUCUCUAAAAUCCAAUAUGGAGGUGCAAAUGUGUCUGGCUUUCAGAUUGUAGAUUUUGAUGAUCCUGUGGUGGCAAAGUUUGAUCAGCGAUGGGAGGCUUUGGAAGAAAAGGAGUAUCCUGGAGCUGAUAUAAGGAUUAGAUAUACUUCAGCCCUCACCUAUGAUGCAGUCCAUGUGAUGACUGAGGCAUUCCGAUUCCUGCACAAGCAAAGAAUAGAUAUAAGUCGUCGUGGCAACAGUGGGGACUGUCUAGCUAAUCCAGCAGUGCCCUGGGCGCAGGGGGUGGAAAUUGAGCGUGCCCUCAAACAGGUGCAUGUAGAUGGUUUAACAGGGAAUAUACAGUUUGACCAGUACGGGAAAAGGAUCAACUAUUCGGUGACAAUCAUGGAGCUUAGGAACAAUGGACCUGUUAAGAUUGGGUAUUGGAAUGAGGUGGAUAAGAUGGUUCUGACAAAGUCAGACCUUUACCCAAAUGACACAAUGGGAAUGGAAAAUAAGACUGUCAUCGUUACAACGAUACUGGAAGCCCCGUAUGUGAUGCUAAAGAAGAAUGCUGAAUUGUUUCAAGACAAUGACCGUUAUGAAGGUUACUGUGUCGACCUGGCUGCGGAGAUUGCAAAGCACUGUGGGAUACGCUACCAGCUAAGGAUUGUGGGAGAUGGCAAAUAUGGAGCAAGAGAUGCUGAAACCAAAAUCUGGAAUGGUAUGGUUGGAGAGCUGGUAUAUGGGAAAGCAGAUAUAGCUAUUGCUCCCCUGACAAUCACUCUUGUCCGUGAAGAGGUGAUAGAUUUCUCCAAACCCUUCAUGUCUUUGGGAAUCUCCAUCAUGAUUAAAAAGCCACAAAAAUCCAAACCAGGUGUUUUCUCCUUUCUGGACCCACUGGCCUAUGAAAUCUGGAUGUGCAUUGUCUUUGCCUACAUAGGAGUUAGUGUUGUUCUCUUUCUGGUAUCCAGGUUCAGCCCUUAUGAAUGGACGCUUGAGGAGCCAGAAGAUGGAGCCUUGCCAUUAACCACUGAAUCCACCAAUGAGUUUGGGAUCUUUAAUUCUCUUUGGUUUUCUUUGGGUGCUUUCAUGCGACAGGGUUGUGACAUCUCACCAAGGUCUCUUUCAGGACGUAUAGUUGGUGGGGUGUGGUGGUUUUUCACUCUGAUCAUUAUCUCAUCAUACACUGCUAACCUGGCUGCCUUCCUCACGGUGGAGAGGAUGGUGUCUCCCAUUGAGAGUGCUGAAGACCUGGCUAAGCAGACGGAGAUAGCAUAUGGAACACUGGACUCUGGAUCCACCAAGGAGUUUUUCAGGCGGUCUAAAAUCGCCUUGUUUGACAAGAUGUGGCAGUACAUGAAAAACGCAGAACCUUCAGUUUUUGUCAAGAAAACAUCAGAGGGUGUCCAGCGUGUCAGGAAAUCCAAGGGGAAGUACGCUUACCUGCUGGAGUCCACCAUGAAUGAGUACAUCGAGCAGAGGAAACCCUGUGACACAAUGAAAGUUGGAGGAAACCUGGACUCAAAAGGCUAUGGCAUCGCCACACCAAAAGGAUCCCCAUUAAGAGUGCCAGUAAACCUUGCCGUAUUGAAACUGAAUGAGCAAGGGACCCUAGACAAGAUGAAAAACAAGUGGUGGUACGAUAAAGGAGAAUGUGGCUUCAAGGACUCCACAAAUAAGGAGAAGACCAGCGCACUCUCUCUUAGUAAUGUAGCAGGAGUCUUCUACAUCCUGGUUGGAGGUCUGGGAUUAGCCAUGAUGGUGGCACUGGUCGAGUUUUGCUACAAGAGUCGUGCAGAAGCCAAAAAAAUGAAGAUGAAAUUCACGGAUGCAAUGCGCUCCAAAGCUCGUCUGUCUAUCACAGGAUCAACCAGCGAGAAUGGUCGUGUUCCAGUGGCUUACCUCCGUCCUGGAUUACCCAUGAGUCUCAGCAUGACUGAUCUCUCCUGACUACAUCCAAGCCAGUGCCUUACAGCUAGAAAGACUGGACUGAUGUCUACCCACCACUUGGCUGUCAGGCUUCAGCAAUGACCUGCCCAUCAACGAAGAGAGUCACUUGACCAUCAGUGAGAAGAAUGGCUGCUCAUAUACAAAUUCAUGAAAAGCAAUCAAGCACAGUGGACAGUUUUCUAAUCAAAUACACAUCAUUAUUUAAUGGAUUUUCCCCCUCUUGUACAGACAACAAGAAACAAUGAUGCUAACGCAAUAACAAUAUUAAUCAGGGAUGUGAUCAGGAGUUAUAAAAGCAGACUGAUGAAAUGAAAUAUCACAUCCAUAAAAUAUUAGUAAUUGUGGUAGCAGAUAAUGAUAUUGCUAUUGUUCCUAUUUUUUCUCCUUAUUUUUCCCUGAAAAUCCCUAAUGAGUGGAAACUUUUACCAGAUUAAGGGAUGCAUGGACUGGCAACCACAGGUACACAGUAUAAACACUUCUACAACACAACACUACAGAAACAUACAAAUUUUAUGCAGGGAUGGGCUGAAAUGGGUUAAAAAGUACCUGAGCAAGGUGUGAUACCGAAAGCAUCAACAAAUGCAAUCUGAGAAACUGAAUAUCCCUCAAACUGACCACUCAUCAGUUUUACGAUUAAAAUGAAGCAAUUACUAAUGUUUAUAAUACAUUUCAUGAAAUGUUGUCCACUCCAAGAUAUGUUAAAUAAUUAAACAAAAAAUAUUUAGUGUUUAAUCCAAUUAAAAUUUUAAUUGGAUUCUUGGUAACAUGAAUAUUUUAUAGUCUUUGCAGAAUUACUGUAAAUAUGUUUACAUUUUCCUCUUGUUCAUUGGGCAAUAGCUUAACAGUGAUUUAUGUUUGACUGUGUGACACACAGCUCUAAACGUUUAAUGAUCAGCAUAUGAAAUUAUAAAAUAGAAAUAAUAACUCAUGUUGAAUCCGUUAAAUAUAUUUUAACACCUUGUGUAAACAGCACAUUGGCAGUUUUUACAUUCCUCGUUUUUCAUGCUGUACUGUUAACUACAGGAUCAUAGAUUUAGCCAGAUUUAACCAUUAUUAUAUACACAAAAUAGAGUUAGGAAAACUAGAUGGAGAUUCAACCCUGGUUAUGGACAAAUCACACGGUGUGGUUAGUGAGGGAAGUUUUACUCGUUGGUGAUAAGAAAGAAAAAUGUAUGUUAGCAGAAGCAAACUGCAAUGCAAGGUGUCCCAGCAAGUUAAAGACUGAGAUAGGUGGUAUACACUCGGAGCUGGGUCAAAUAACGGGAAAACACACACAAACAUAGGCGUGAAUUAAAAUCAGCUAAGUGAAGGUGAAUUAAAACGAUCAAAAGGUCAGAUUGAGUUUUAGAGUUCUGUGAAGCAUCAGCCCCAGGUUAGUUUUAGUGCUUAUCUAAAGAUUAUUGGUUUUAUCCAUAAAUAAAUACACAGAAAAUAGCAACUUUAAGUUUGUGCAGUUAUUUAAUAUACUGGUAUCCUUACUGAAUAUGGACACUAACAGGGACUAAAAAAUACACAGACAAGUCGCAUAAAUUGUGUAGCUGUUUGGCAGCUAUUGGCAGUCAUUUGUCAUGAAGACACUGAAGGGGUACUUUAAUCAUUUUUUGUUGCACUUCCACAAAGUGAAGAUAUUUAAAAUUCCUUAAUAAGCUCUAAAAACAGAAACACACAUUCAUAAGGCAUUCAAUAGGGCUAUUUCAUGAAUCCCAAUUAAUUGGUAACACCCUACACAUGUCAGCUUUGUUUGUAAUAUAAUCAUUUUUUAAAAACUGAUCUGAAACCAGUUAAAAACCAGUUUUUAUUCUUCUAUUCUUGUAGAAACCACUCCUUUUUUCACAGAUCUUUCUUGGUAAUUUGGUUUUGCAUGGCAUCUAUGACUGUAUAUUCACAAUUUGAACUUGCUGAUAUAAAAUUGAAAGGCACAAUAAAGUGCAACCCACUGGCAGCAAAAUAGGCUAAUGUUACUCAUAUCAGUGCCAUAUUAUAAACAAUCACUUUCUGUUGGCUGCUGUAGUGUAGUAAAUGGUCUAUUAUCUAGAUCUAGAAUUUAAAAAUUGCAUUUAAUUUUAAAGACGCGCUCUAUUUUCUUUAAAGAAAAAAAGACUAUUAGACAAAAAAAUAAUUUAUUCAAAACAGAAUCAGAACGCUUGCAUUCAAAGAUCUAAACAAAAAAUGUGUGUGUAAAUUACAUCUUGCUCUCACCCUAUGGCAGUUGGGAUAGGCUCACCCCCCACCCCCCGAACUGGAAAAGCGGAAGAAAAUGGACGCGUGGAUGAAAGCUUUUAUUUAGAGCCCCAGAUACUGUUUUCACAAACUGAGGUGGACUAAAUUUGCUCCCUUUAAUUAUAUGGUUCUGUAAAUAUUUAGAAUAUAUGAGAAGUAUAUGUUCCCAUCCCUCUUUCUAGGUCAGCACAUCACAACUGCAGCGUAAACACAAACACACCUUGCUUAUACAUUGACAUAUAUUUUCACAUUUGCAUGUGCACCUGCAUAGUAUUCUCAUAAGAGUUCUGAAGUCAAUUGGAUGAUGUGCCAAACAGACUGAGACCCAAUCAGAGUUCUUUAUGCUCAGUCAAUGGAAGCUGCUGAUACUGAAACCUGAGCCAGUAGGAGUUCUCACUGCUGUGAACUGGACAAAAAAAAGAAACUGUGAAGAAAAACUUUUUGUUUUAAUAAAUAUACUGCACUAAAGGAUGGCAACAAAGACGAUGGAAGAGGAUGGAGUGAAGAAAGUUUGCAUGUCACUUUAAGUUUUUCCUUUGAUGAAAUUUUCAGUCUGAAGCUUUGUGACUGCUGCAUUUAGUGUUUAAUAAUGAUACUAAUAAGAAUACUAUUAGCGAUAUUAAUUGCAGUAUUAUUGUGAUUCUUGUUAUGUAUAGUGUAUGCUUUUAAGAACUCUGGUAUGCUAUUUUUUUCACAAGAGAGCUGAUGUUUGUGCUGCUGGUUAGAAGCUAGCUGGUUAGCUUAAAAUCUUCUUAUACGAUAUGAAAAAUGCCCAAACUGUGAUAAACACAGGGUUGUUGAAGAUAUAAAGGCAUCUGCUUCCAUUUCUUCUUAUGAACUCGUAUCAUUUUCACCUUAAGCACAUGUUAAUUUUCAUUAUAUUCUCAUGGUGUUACAGUCAAAUGAACGAGUAACAGCAAAAUAAAACGCAUCCUUCACUGAUGGAAAUGUGAAAAUGAUCACUCUUAACGUUACCUCUGGUAUAACUUCAUUUUCUAUUAAAUGUAAGUAAGUUGCUUUUUAACAGAACAGAUUAUUGCCUGGGCUAAUUUCAUUCGAGGUGUAAAUUAUGUCCAACAUAGUCCCUUCCGUUUUGUAUACUGCUUAUAUUUCAUAUAAACAUGUAUUGAGUUCUUGAGGUCUUCAUUAUCUGACUAUUUUCGGUAUAUAUUAAACAUGCUUGCCCUUGAAAUGUCAUAAUAAAAACAGACAAAGACAUUAAGGACACACUUAACAUA